AUGACAGAAGAGAACCAAAGUGUCAUCUCCCAAUUCUUCCUCCUGGGCCUGCCCAUCCCCCAAGAGCAACAACAGCUGUUCUAUGCCCUGUUCCUGGCCAUGUACCUCACCACUGUCCUGGGGAACCUCAUCAUCAUCAUCCUCAUUCUACUGGACUCCCAUCUCCACACACCCAUGUACUUGUUUCUCAGCAACUUGUCCUUCUCUGACCUCUGCUUCUCCUCUGUCACAAUGCCCAAAUUGCUGCAGAACAUGCAGAGCCAAGUCCCCUCUAUCCCUUAUGCAGGCUGCCUGGCACAACUGUACUUUUACCUGUAUUUUGCAGACCUUGAGAGCUUCCUUCUUGUGGUCAUGGCCUAUGACCGCUAUGUGGCCAUCUGCUUCCCCCUUCAUUACACCAGUAUCAUGAGUCCUAAGCUCUGUGUGAGUCUGGUGUUGCUGUCCUGGGUGCUGACCACAUUCCAUGCCAUGCUGCACACCCUUCUUGUGGCCAGAUUAUCUUUCUGUAAGAACAAUGUGAUCCCCCACUUUUUCUGUGACAUAUCUCCUCUGCUGAAGUUGUCCUGCUCUGACACACAUGUUAAUGAGUUGGUGAUAUUCAUCAUGGGAGGGCUUGUUAUUGUCAUUCCAUUCCUUCUCAUUGUCAUGUCCUAUGCACAAAUUGUCUCCUCCAUUCUUAAGGUUCCUUCUGUUCGAGGCAUCCACAAGGUCUUUUCCACCUGUGGGUCACAUCUGUCUGUGGUGUCUCUCUUCUAUGGGACAAUUAUUGGCCUUUACUUAUGUCCAUCAGCUAGUAACUCUACUGUGAAGGAGACUGUCAUGGCUAUGAUGUACACAGUGGUGACUCCCAUGCUGAACCCCUUCAUCUAUAGUCUGAGGAACAGAGACAUGAAGGGGUCCCUGGCAAGAGUCCUUUGUAAGAAGAAAAUUCCCUUCUGUCUUUGA